UCUCUCUCUGCCCCCUAAAUAUGGCAUCGCUCGAUGAAUUUUCAGCUUUAGAUCUCAUCCGCCAACACCUUCUUAUUGAUGAUUUAUCCUUCCUUCAGACAUAUUCUGUUCUCGCCGAUCAUGAACACGAACCCACUGUUGGUUUUCCUCUAACUUCAUCAUCAUCUUCCUCUUCUUCUUUUAAGUCCUCUGUGAUUGCUCAGAUUCAAACCAACGAUCCUGUUUCGGAUCACCCAUUCGAAUUCGGAGUAGAUCCCUUGCCGAUGCUUCGAACGGAAAAAACUAGCAACAACGGUUUUAAUGAACGAAAAACCUCUGUGAAUAUGUCGUUUCCAUUUCAUCCACCUACAAUCGUGAAAUCCGGUGUCGUAUUCAAGGAGAAGGAUUUUGAGGACAGGAAGCAUUACAGGGGAGUAAGACAACGGCCGUGGGGAAAGUUCGCGGCGGAGAUCCGUGAUCCCAGCAAAAAAGGGACUAGGGUUUGGCUUGGGACUUACGACACCGCUGUGGAGGCCGCUAAGGCGUAUGAUCGGGCGGCGUUUAAGCUUCGUGGCAACAAAGCCAUAUUGAAUUUCCCGCUCGAAAUUGGAAAUUCCGAUGAAGCGGAAACGGAGACGAAGGUUGUAAGGAGUAAUAGCCGUAAAAGAGCUGCCGGAAAGUCUGAGGUGGAAGUGAAUGAAACUCGGAAAGAAGUCAAAGUAGAACCGGAGACGGCAGACUCUAGGGCAGCCUUAACGCCGACUAGCUGGACAGCGGUUCUUGACGGUGGUGACGGUAACGAUAUAUUCGAGGUCCGAUCAUCAUCACCUUAUCCUAGCAUUGACUUUACAUCCGGUUGUAUGGUCACUUAACGACGAUUUCAUGGCGUUUACUGUAUUUGGAAAUACAUCAAACAGCCGUUAGUAGUUUCGCACUGUUUGUAAUUUUAAAUCGUAAAUUAAGGGUAGUUAUUAUUAUUAUAACAAAAAAUUGUGGAAAUUAAAUCAUCUUUUAAACCACAUAUUUUUGUAUAAACGCUCUAGAAUUUAGAUUAAAAUUUUUAUUCAAAUCAAAUAUUAUUUUUCUUAGCAUACACUUCAUGAUUUAUAUGUACUGAUGUUUAAUCUAGAUUUGCCCGAAGUCCAUGAGUCCAGUGCUUUUGAUUU